UUUGAGCUCUUUCACGUUCUGACAAGUGGAGUACGUUUAAAAUCUGUGUCGGGGGUGGUUCACCCAUGCGCCGUAUCGAUCCAAAAUGGUGACACGGACGCCUUAAUAAAGAGAACUCAGCCGAGUCCUCAGCAAGAUGGACAGCCGGAGGCGUUCGUUUUUUCUGCGGGCAUGCACAUGGCCGGUUUACAGCCGAGAAACAAGAGCCAUUGUACCUGGCACUACGGGCUGCCGGACGUCCUCUCCUAUCCGGCCUCCAAGAUCACCUGGAGCCCGGAAAUUGGAGAGAAGAGUCCCUACAGGGUAUUACCGUUCAUUCUGCGGGGAGCCGAGGAACAGGACAAACUUCCGCAGGUGACCCUGUGUACUCAUGCCACGGCUGAUCAAGCGUACGGUAUCUUGGAACUAGCUCAGAGAUGGGAAGGACCUUUGACCCUAGCCAUUUUCACCCCCGGCUUGGACGCCGGGAUAGCUGUUGCUCUCUUGGACCGGGCAUGUCGAUGCGAGCCUGAAAUGUACAAGGUCGCGGUUCAUUUGAUUUUCCCAGCCGGCCGUCCGCCAGCUUUGGGUCAACCGCAACGUUCUCAGGGGGACUGCGCGGCGUCCGAUCUUCAAAGGGGCGAUCGCGAGACAGAAAGAAGACAGAGGGACAUGGCCUAUCCCAUAAACGUAGCGAGGAACGUAGCUCGCACCUUGGCUAACACUACUCGAGUCCUUGUGACGGAUAUAGAAUUAUUGCCUAGCGAAAGAUUGGCUUCCGGUUUCAUGCACUACAUCCGCGGGAGACCGCCGAAGACUGGAAUAGUCUUCGUGGUACCCGCGUUUGAGAUAGAAUCGAACGAGCAGCCGCCAAAGACUAAAAAAGAGUUGCUACUGGCAACAAAAACUGGUGUGGCUGUUUAUUUUCAUAGGUAUUCGUUUAAAUAAAUGAAUAAGGAUUACAUAAAAUAAGAUUAGAUAAAAUAAAACGUUAAUGAAAUGCAGAUAUAA